AUGGAGGAAGACGAAGAAUAUUUGAGUGGACGUGCCAGGAGAUUUGUUCUUGGUUCAACCCUGAUGCGAGAUGCUUGCGUGUCGCGUUUGGAAAUCAAUUACAAGCAUGAUCUUGUGUCUGUCAGGACAUACGAACGGUUCUAUGCAAAGUACAAUGUGCUUCUAUACUACAUAUUCACCGUACUUAAUCUACUAACAAUCAUCCUAGAGUAUCCUUCCUCCAUACUGAUAAAAAAUCACGAGUUACCGUAUUACAUUCCCUUGAUAAUUAAUUUAAUUUGUGAAUGCUUUUUUUAUUAUCGCUGGUAUAUGAUUCAUUCAAUGUCCGAGAAGACAAAACUCACGGAAAAUAUCUCAUCAAAAAUGACUUUAGGCAUAUUGAUAUUGAUGUCUUUGGACGCUGUGAUCUAUAUUCUGUGUCAAAGUGUGCGAUUUGCUACUCCUGUUCGCUGGUCAAGAGGACUACGCCCGAUACUGCUACUGACUUUUCCGGAAAGUAGACGUUUACGUGCAGCGUUUUCCAAUCUAACUCGUACAGCAAUUGAUGUCAUACCCGUAUUCGGUCUGUUCCUGGCAACGGUGACCUUUGCAAGUAUUGUGGCCAUGACUACUUUAGGCGGUCAAAAGCUCACAUAUCCGAACGGAAAGCCUUACUUUAGUAAUUUCUUGGACGUAUUUUGGGACCUAUACGUACUGACCACAACGGCCAACUCGCCAGAUGUGAUUAUACCCGCGUAUGAAAACAAUCGCUUGUUCAUACUACUAUAUAUAUUUAUCUGCACCAUAUGCAACUGGCUGUUUAUGGGCAUUCUGACCGCAUCUGUAUACAAUUCCUACAAGGUCCACCUCGGGGAAUUUGUAGUCACUACAGUAGCCAAACGAAAGCAAAAACUGGACGAAGCAUUUCAUCUAGUGGCCACUCAAGGACCAGAUGGCGCACCGGGUAUCAGUCAAGGCACAUUUUUACGCUUGAUGCGUAUUGUGAAACCACGUCGCAGUGAGGAUUCACUCAAAGUCCUAUUUUACAUCCUAAACAAAAGUCGGACCGGGUAUUUAAAUUUGAACGAAUUUGGCCGGUUGUCUGAAUACAUGCAAGCCCAUCUGAUAGAAGUGGAACUCAGUCGGAAAUACUUUCAGAAAUUCAUUCCUAAAUUCUACGACCUCUAUAUAACUCCAAAUUUCCAAACAUUCAAAAGUGUCGUCGAUCACCAAGUAACCAGAUUGUUCUUCGUCUGUUUAAUCGUGGCCAAUGGGAUUACUGCAAUCCUGCUUCGUAGCUAUCCCCAGCUGCAGAACUCCAUUGAAUGGGGUUUCACUUUGAUCUUUCUGGUUGAGCUGAUAAUCAACUACCUGGCAAGUGGAGGUGUAACCUUUUUUGAGGACGGUUGGGUCAUAUUCGAUUGCGUGGUUGUUUUUGGUGCUCUAUUUGGACAAAUAGUGGAAUCCGCGCUCACGGCUGUCGGGGUGGAUAUUCCAAGCGGGAUUACUCAAAUGCUACUUUUGAUGCGGCUAGUUCGUCUACUUAAAGUGUUCAGUGCUGUACCCAAAUUCAAAGUAGUCAUUAAUUGUGUCCUGACAAUUCUACCUUCUCUGGCCGCAUAUACAACUAUUCUGUUAAUUCUUUUCUACGUCUAUUCAUGCUUCGGAAUGGAAGUGUUUAGCUACUUAUACGAGCCACCACCACAGCACAACUACUCGGCAAACACAUACUGUCAUCAUCCCAAUUUACGAGACACGGAAUUUGUCUCGUGGCACUAUUGUCUGUUCAAUUUUAACAGUUUCACAGAAUCGUUCACUAUGCUCCUCGUACUUACGGUCGGCAACAACUGGCAAAUCUUUGCUGAAGGGACCGAAUUAGUUACCAACCAAUGGUCGCGUAUUUUCUUUCUCUUUAUUCACUGGACUUGUGUUCUGUUGGUGCUGAAUGUUGUUCUGGCCUUCAUUAUCGAAGCUUUUCUGAUUGAAUACGAUGCCCAGGGAAGUCGUUUUGAAUCAUACAUUGAAGAAAGGCUAGAAGAAAUUGGUAUGAAUGCAGAAAGUGAACUGUUGAAACGCGGUAUUCAUGACUACGGUAAACAGGGAUUCCAAAUGUCGAAGAAAGCGCUCGACGACGCAUUUCCUAUCAACUCACCCCGAUCGAAAGCCUUUUUCCUUCGAUCAGACAGUGCUUCAAUUGAAAUACUCAUGUUUCGUAUGUUUGAAAAGGAAGUGGAAGAAAUUCUGGCAGAUUAUCGCAGCAGUGUGAGACAAAAUCGGUUCAAGGCUCAUGAUACACUAGGACAAGCUGCUGGUUGA